GUAAUUCAUUUUGUUUAAAAUGAAUUCGAUUCAAAAGGUCCAAAAAAUUUGCGUUUAUCUUAGAAUAUCGACAAACGAAUAUAAGCAGUCUUUUGAAAGACAAGAAGACAUAGUAAACCAGUAUUUAGACCAACAUUAUCCUGGUGUUCCCAGACAGUACUACAGAGAAACUAUUUCUGGUGUAGCGGAAAAACGUUACUUGCUUGAAAAAAUUGUCAAUGACUUGAAGCCAGGAGACUUAUUCGUUGCUUCAGACUUGGACCGAAUAGCUAGAAGUGUUUUUCAUCUUAUGGCAGUAGCUAGAACUAUCGAAGAAAAAAAGGCCUUUCUGCUUAUUGCGAACAAACCUGAGAUCAACACUAAUACUCCAAUGGGUAAGUUUGUCUACAUUACAAUGUCCGCAAUAGCUGAAUUAGAACAUUCCAUCAUUCUGCAAAGAUCCCAAGAAGGACUGCGUUUGGCGAGAAUGAAAGGUGUCAAAAUCGGUCCAAAAAGAAAGCUUCCAGCUGAUACAAUACUUCAAAUAGCGCGAGAAAUGAAGAAUCCUUCUACUGUUGUGUCGAAAUUAGCUAAAGUUAACAACGUAUCUCCCAUUACAAUAUACAGAUAUGUCAAAAGCGAUGGGACUCUUACAGAAAAAGGAUUCGACGCUGUGCGAGAAAAAUACAAAGACUACGAAAGGGAAGAAACUGAAAGUUUCUCAGAAUUUCCUAAAAAAGUGAGAAGACACACAAAAGAGGAACUUGGGCGUAGAGAGAAGCCUCGAAAAGCGCUACCUGCAACCAAGAAAAGAAUUUGCUGAAAAAAAAAUUCCUAUCUUUUGUGCUUUCUCGAAUUAUUUUUUUUCGAAUCCUAAAAAAAACUUUCGAUCUAAUGAAAGCGGCUGUGAUAGU